UUGAAAAAGCAAAAGGAAGCAAGAGGGUCUCCUAGAUUUCUACUUUUUCACUUCAAAUUAUCUUAUACUUUAUAUAUCCACUCUCAAGCCUUCGCCGCUCCUUCCUUCUUCUCCUCAAACUUUCCUCUUUUCUUCUUCCCCUUCCCCUUUCCCUUUCCCUUUCCCUGGUAGAUCUCCGAUUUUGUUCUUCCCCUCUUUUCAAUCUCCUUCUUCAUCCUCUACCAAUUGGGUUUACGGCCAUUCAUCGAGUAGGAAUGCAAAAAGUCUCUAUCCUCGAUCUGAUUCUGGUUACUUUAUGGUAGCUGGUGGUGUUGGUUGUUCUGUUUUGGUGAUUGAGUUUUUGGUUCAGGUUUUGGGAUUUCAGGUAGUGAAGUGUAUGAGGGAUUUGAUUUGGGUAAUUUUAUUAUGUUCCGUGGAGGAUUCGGGAAGGAGCAUAAGGAGGGAUUGUGGGUUUGUGAUCCGGAGCAGGGGUAGAUGGGGCAAAUGUGGUUGAGUCUUCUUUUAGUCAAUUAACAAUUCAACUUUUCUAUUUUCUCUUCUGAACUGGAUUUCAGAUUUCGUCUUCACUCUUUUCCAAACUGGGUUUUAGAGUUUUAAGGAAAUGCAGACCGAUCACCGUAAGAAGAAUUCUGCAGAAUUGGACUUUUUCUCUGAAUAUGGCGAUGCCAACAGAUUCAAAGUCCGCGAAGUUAUUGGAAAGGGGAGUUAUGGUGUGGUUUGUUCAGCUGUUGACACUCUCACCAAUGAAAAAGUGGCAAUAAAGAAGAUACAUGAUAUUUUUGAACAUGUAUCUGAUGCUGCCCGGAUUCUUCGUGAGAUAAAGCUCCUGAGGCUUCUACGCCAUCCCGAUAUUGUUGAAAUUAAGCACAUUAUGUUACCACCUUCUCGUAGGGGGUUCAAAGAUAUUUUUGUUGUGUUUGAGUUGAUGGAAUCAGAUUUGCAUCAAGUCAUCAAGGCCAAUGAUGAUUUAACAAAAGAGCACUAUCAAUUUUUCCUCUACCAGCUACUACGUGCACUGAAAUAUAUUCACACAGCAAAUGUCUACCAUCGGGAUUUAAAACCAAAGAAUAUAUUGGCAAAUGCAAAUUGCAAACUUAAAAUAUGUGAUUUUGGAUUGGCAAGAGUUGCUUUCAGUGACACCCCGACAACAAUAUUUUGGACGGACUAUGUUGCUACUAGAUGGUAUAGGGCUCCAGAGCUAUGUGGUUCUUUCUUCUCUAAGUAUACUCCCGCCAUUGACAUUUGGAGUAUUGGCUGCAUAUUUGCUGAAGUACUGACCGGGAAACCACUUUUUCCUGGUAAAAAUAUUGUUCAUCAGCUUGAUUUGAUGACAGAUCUCCUUGGAACGCCUUCAUUAGAUACCAUUUCUCGGGUAAGAAAUGAAAAGGCCAGGAGGUACUUGACUAGUAUGAGGAAGAAGCAGCCAAUAUCCUUUUCUCAGAAGUUCCCAAAUGCUGAUCCCCUAGCCCUACAAUUGCUACAACGGUUACUUGCAUUUGAUCCAAAGGAUCGACCUACUGCCGAAGAGGCAUUGGCAGAUCCUUACUUUAAGGGGCUGGCUAAAGUUGAGAGGGAACCUUCUUGCCAGCCAAUCUCAAAGGUGGAGUUUGAAUUUGAGAGGAGAAAAGUCACAAAGGAUGACAUUCGCGAGUUGAUAUUCCUCGAGAUACUCGAAUACCAUCCUCAAUUGCUGAAAGACUACUUAAAUGGAACCGAGAGAUCAAAUUUUCUUUAUCCUAGUGCACUAGAUCAGUUCAAAAAGCAAUUUGCUCAUCUUGAAGAUAAUGGAGGGAAAAGUGGACCAGUUUAUCCUCUAGAAAGAAAACAUGCAUCUCUUCCUAGGUCUUCAGUACAGUCAAAUACCAUUCCACCAAAAGUAACAUCAAAUAUUGUUUCCUUUAAAGACCGAUAUGCGCCAUCAGGUCCGUUCGGCAGUCAGCUUUACAAAGAUUCAGCAGCACAGAGGAUUGCUGCUGCUCAAGCCAAGCCUGGAAGAAUCUCAGGCCCGGUCAUGCCAUAUGACAGUGGAAGUACCAUUAAAGAUGCUUACGACCCACGAAUGUUAAUUAGAAGUGCCCUCCCUUCUCAUGCUAUCCAUCCAACAUAUUAUUACCAGCAAUCUUGCGGCCAAAAUGAAGAAAGAUCAGCAACUGGGGCUGAGCAGGACACGUCCAUGCAAUGCAAACAAUCCCCUCAAUGUGGAAUGGCUGCCAAAUUAGCCGGAGAUACAGCUGCUGCUUCUGGUGCUUUCUCAAAUUCUUUCUUUAUGGCACGUGUAGGCAUGCCCAAGAUGGGAAACAAUGACCGUGCUGCACAUUUGCAGGUAAGCGCCCAAUAUGAUGCUGGAGCUGUUGCUGCUGCAACUACCACUACCCAUCGAAACACUGGCGUGGUCGAGUAUAGCAUGACCAGAAUGUGUUAGAGAAGCAAUUUGAUCAAACCAUUCAGAAGUCUAAUUCGUGGCGGAUUUUUGAAAAAGGGUUUUAGAUGAGUUUGUUCGGAUGGACUAUAAAAGAGACCUAUGUUUGACAACUUGAAGUUGCCUGAAACUUUUUGUCAAUGUAGUGAUGCUCAUUCCAUCCAUACUUCUGAUUGCUUCAGCUUUCAACCUUGGCCAUUAUUUGCACUAGAGUUUUGUAUUAUAGAAGAAGAAAUAUGAAAGUUCAUUUAUUGUAUCUCUUUAUAACCUUUUUCAA